AUGCCUCGCAGGCAUGCAGGGGUUUAUUUAUCGUGGGUGUGUUAAUAGCUCCCCGAGCCUGGGCUUUCACUUCCUUUUUCAUGAACAGUGCCCAUUACUAAGUAGAGGCUGGCCGCCCAGGGAGGCGCGGGGAGCUCCUGGGGGCUGGAAGGUGUGGAUGUGAGGUCCGUGUACCACGCCCGCUUUGCUUCCCAGUAAAUACUAACCAGGUGCCGCUCUCCGGGCGGGUGUCCGCUUCCCACUGCUGCCGCUGCCCAACCUGCGGCUGCGUCAACUCAGCGACACAAGGCGGCAUCACAAUAUGCAACUUAGAGACCUCCGACUUCAGCGAGAGCCAUAAAAACUUGAUCCGGCCCCGGGGCUGCUCAGAGCGGACCGCCCGCCCGCCGGCCCCUUGCGGAGAGGGGCAGGGAGCGGCGUGGGCGCCUCGGCUGGGCUCCCUUCCACCCCCGUCUCCUGCUCCCCCCUCGCGGCGGGCUUUCCCUGUCCCCUGUUCCGCGUGGGGCUCUACUGAGCUCCCCGGCCCCCUCCCCUGUGCUCAGGGGGCUCGGCUGUCCCCCGCUGCUGUGUGUGCGCAGCGCCUUGUUGAUCCCCUUGCCUCUCUCCCUGCCCCCCUAGCCCGGCGGCUGCUCCCCCGCCCCCAGCCUCUCCUCCGGCUCUCUCCUCUCUCCCGGCUCCAGACCCCGGUUGUGCGUGUGUCUGGGGGGGAUCCCCGUUUCUCAAGCAGCGCUGUGUGCGCCCCCACCCCGCCUGCUCCUCCAUGGCAGGGCACGAGUGGGACUGGUUUCAGCGGGAGGAGCUGAUCGGGCAGAUUAGCGACAUCCGAGUGCAAAACCUCCAAGUGGAGAGGGAAAAUGUGCAGAAGAGAACCUUUACCAGGUGGAUAAAUCUACAUUUGGAGAAGUGCAAUCCUCCUCUGGAAGUGAAAGAUUUGUUUCUUGAUAUUCAAGAUGGGAAAAUCUUGAUGGCUUUGCUGGAGGUCCUGUCAGGGCAAAAUCUGCUGCAUGAAUAUAAGUCCUCAACCCAUCGUAUUUUUCGGUUGAACAACAUAGCUAAAGCACUGAAGUUUUUGGAGGAUAGUAAUGUAAAACUGGUUAGCAUUGAUGCAGCAGAAAUAGUGGAUGGAAACUCUUCUCUGGUACUUGGACUAAUAUGGAAUAUAAUCCUGUUUUUUCAGAUUAAAGAACUGACAGGCAACCUCAAUAGGAACUCCUCCUCUUCCAGCCUGUCAUCUGGGCCCAGCGGGGCUGACUCAGACACAUCUCAUCCGAGCACUCCUAAUAUAGAGAGAAGCAUGUCUCUUUCAGUGAAGGAUCAGCGAAAAGCAAUCAGAGCCCUUUUAACCUGGGUUCAAAGGAAAACCAGAAAAUAUGGUGUUGCAGUUCAAGAUUUUGCCAGCAGUUGGCGGAGUGGCCUUGCUUUCUUAGCUAUAAUAAAAGCAAUAGAUUCCAACUUGGUAGACAUGAAGCAAGCUUUGGAGAAAUCAGCUCGGGAAAACUUAGAGGAUGCUUUCAGCAUAGCACAAGAUAAUCUUGGUGUUCCUAGACUUCUGGAGCCAGAAGAUAUAAUGGUUGAGUCACCUGAUGAACAAUCAAUUAUGACGUAUGUGGCACAAUUUCUGGAGCAUUUCCAAGAGAUAGAAGGGGAGGAUUUUUCGGAUCCUGAUAAGAAAAUCCCAAUUGAAGCCACGUAUGUCCAAAUCAAAGAUGCAUCUUCAGAACAAGAGGGCAAGAUCUUGAUAUUGAAUGAAAAUGGAGAACGUAUGUACACUGUUAACCAUGAAAGGAGCCACUCUCCUCCUACAAAGGUUUGUGUCCGUGAUUUGCCCGAGGAACUCCAGUCAGAAAUUGCAGAUGAAGAACUUAAUGACAGAUUGAAUCAACCACUAUCAGAUAAUUCACAGAGCGUCUCAGAAGAGUCAUUGGUUUUGUUGUCUGCAGAAGAACCUCAGAGGCCUACCUCUUUGCAGAUUACAGGAUCUGUCAGUUUUGAAUCCAGUUCCUCUUGGGAAGUUCUUAGUGAUAAACUGAUUCAGAAUGAGAGGAGCAUAUCUGAUGAUCAACUGAAACAGAAUGAUGAUCUUUCAGCAACUAUUUUGCCUGAUCAGAAAAAUGCUGUUGACACAGGUGAUUCAGAAUCAUCUUCUAAAGAAGAAUUUACUAUAAAGAUGUCUCCUGAAUGCAACAAUGAAAUUAAGGACUCAUUAGUCAACAAAACAGGGGAUAGUUGUUCUUUGAGCCCAUUAUCUCAGACUUCAGAUGCACAUACAAAUGAACCAACAAAUCUAGUAGAAAACACUGAACCCAUAACUUCAACUUUUCUACAGGAAAAUGCUUCCAAAGAAGAGGAUAUACGUAAAUAUGUUUUGUGUCUACUAGAUGAAGAAAUAUCUAAAAAACUUCCAGACGGGUAUGAACAUCCAGAACAAUCACCUGUUUUUCAGACAGUACAAGAUACCAAUUGUUCAUCCAAGGAUUCUGAUCUCAAAGGUCAAAUGGAAAUAUCUUUGUCUUGCAAAUCUGAAAAUUCAACCCCACCAGUUACAAAAAUUCCUGAGAAUCUCGAUAGUCAUAGUGAAGAUGGAUCUUCAGCUAAAAUGUCAUCAAAUUCUUUGAAAGUUUCUGUAAUUCCCCAUGAUCUUUUCUACUACCCACAUUACAAUGUUCCCAUAUCAGCAGUUUUGGAAGCUUUUGCUAAGCCUAGUCCUGCCUCUUAUGUUUCAGAAAACAGCUCACCACAGACUUUGCUAUCAGUGAAUUAUUUGCAUGAAGGGGAGCCAUUGGUACUAAACAAUGAAGGAGGCAUUCUGGACCCAGGUCUGCAAACCAACCUGAGUGUCUCUCCAGCAGAAAUGGUUGUUGAGGACAUGGAAGAGGAGAAGGUGGAUCCUGACAGUUCCACUAAGUCCUCCUCUGAAAAAGUACAGGCUGCCCGACUAGGAAAGAAUAUGGAACUCAAGGAAGACGGCAGCAUAUCCACAAACUCUCAAGAUUCUACAAAUCCAGAAAAUCCUGAGGUCAUGGUAGACCAGUUGGAGGAUAUAUCAUCAGCAAUGUUGAGAUCAGAAAUAAGCAGUAAAAGGAAGGAAAAAAGGAAAAAUGUGAUCCAAGCAGAAAACUUUCAGACUUCAGAAACUGGGACUACACAGUUACCUGAUAAACCAAAAGAAGAAAUCAUUGAUUAUCAGGAGUUUUCCAGGGUUAGCUACAGCGACUCCAGUGUUUACCUCCGAAAAAGGAUUCCUAAUCCCAGUGAAAAGGAACACGUUAGUGAAAAUAAACAGAAGAACACAGACAUGGAUGAAAGCACAAAUCUGUUAAUUAUCAGGAACAAAAAAGACUUAGAGGCUCCGGAGAAUGCUAUUCCACCUCCUGAACCUCCAUAUGUAGAGCAACCCGAGUUAUUUUACUUCAUUGUUUUCCUCUGGGUGCUGGUCUACUGCCUGUUGCUCCUUCCGCAUCUUGUUAGCAACAAAUUUUGAUUUCUGUGAGUGUGGGAAUAAUAAAAGACAGUGGCUUGAUUUUUUUCAUGUGUAUGCAUAUUAAUCGGUUCCUUCAGGUGAAGCACAGAUAAAUAUAGGGUCUGGUUUUAAAGGUGAUACGAAGAUUAGUCUUAACUUACUAAUGUGCUAUUUAUAAUGUUGUAGCACAUUUUAUAUUGUGACAUUGUGUAGAUAUAUAUAUAGAUAUAGAUAUAUGAAAAUGGGAUGAUUUAAUAUACACAAUUUUUGUACAUUUGUGCCUUGCUUUAUAAAAUGCUAAAUAAAAUUGAUAAUUAUUAGUAGAGACACAGAUGAUUUAGAGCUCCACUCUUCAAAAAUGGUUCUUCAAAAAUUGUUCCUCUGGCUACACUUAUUUACCUAGGGCCAUGUAGCUGUGAAAGAAGGGUAAUGUGUGACUUCAUGUCAAAGCUUGGUCAUCCACAUUGGCAGGGCUUGAAAUAAACUCUUUUCUGUAUUUCCAGUGGAAAUACUUUGGUAGAAGAAGCUUAACCUUCCUCCAUCAAUUAUUCUUCCAUUGUGUGUUUUGUUUUCAGUUGAAAGGACUUUUCAAACACAUGGGAGCAGAUUCUGAUCUCAGUUGCACCUAUAACUUCAUUUACUUCAAUGGAAUUGCAUCAGAAUUACACCAGUGUAACUGAGAUCAAAAUUUGGCCCAUAUUGUUACUGUGUCUUGGCAGAGGAAUUGCAAAUAUAAAUCUUGCUAUAUUUAAUAAAAACCUAAAAUGCUACUAAAACAAGUUACUCUAUUGCACACACGUCUCCUGGGAAUAAUAUGAGAGAACAAAUAGUACAUGACAGAUGUAUAGUCAUGCUUUACUGGAAGGCACUCAGAAUCUGUGGUGAUGUGUAAGUUUUUCUGUUGUAUAUAGAUUCUUUGCUCAAGUCUGGAAUGAAGGUGAAGGAGAAGCUAAUACAUUUCCAUUAGUGAAAUACAAGGAAACAUUAUUCUGAGCCUCUCAUCUUUGUCCUCUCAUCUUUGAACAUUGUACCCUCUAUAUUAGCAAAUUGGCUGUGAAAAAAAGAAAGAUCAAGGUAGCUGCUACCAGAAGAAAUUUAAAGGAAGGAAAGGAGAGCCUGGUAUAGAGACUUUGAUAGAGGAUACCUCAGGAAACAUUGACAUUUCUUCUUUUUAUACACCACUGACAAAGAGGCCACCUUCUAAAAUAUCUUUCAAGGAGCAUCUCUCUAAAAUAAAUGAUUAAUCAUUCACUCCAAAGCAGAUUUUUACAGAAGGAAAACAUCAGUUGGGAUCUCUUGCUUCUUCUGCUGAGUUAUCUACUUCCUUGUCCUUUACCAUUCAGCCUCUGGAACAGGUGCAUCAGUGAAUUGCACUUAUCAGAUCAUAUGAAGACUCUGCCUUUGAAGACACUAAAACUCAUAAAAAACCCAGCUUAUCACCUUCUGAGGUGGAGGUGCAACUCAAGAAGAUUAUAAGCACUGAGAUCAAUAGGGGAAGAAAUGACUACUGGAGAAAUAGAUCCAGAAAAAUGUCGGCAGCCUGUAUUACUUCUUUCUGAAAAUUUCAAGUACAUAUGAAGGGACUUCUAGCGCCAGACAAAUAGCAACAAUCCUGGCUUGCAUUUGGUCUUAGUCUUUUGAUCAAAAACAGUAUAGAAAUGGGACAGUAAAAGCAUGAAGACGUCAGUGAUUUCUUUAUAGCGUAUACUGAGCUUUUAGCCAGAAUGGGAAUCAGGGGUAUAAGCUUGGGGUCGCCUACUUGGCAAUAGCAAUAACUUCUACCCAUGGUAUUUCUGGUGUAGUCAUCUGCCACCACAGGCACAUUUUGACUUCACGAUGCCCUCAUGAGGACAUGUAAUGUUGCUGGUUCUAUUUAAACAUCCAUACAUCAGACCACAAAGUGCCUCAUAAAAAAAAAAAGAGGUGUUUCAUGGGCUUGCACUCAACUUCAUUAGAAUAAAAAGUAUUUAUAAUAAGAGGCUGUAUGUUUAAGAUUCCCUUUCAGUACGCUAUUUUUAGUGCUCAUCUUAAAUAAAAGCUCUUUGAAGACAGGACAUAUAUAUAUGUACUUGAAUGUUAAGCACUUCAUUUGUACAUGCUUCAAAGUUGUUAAAAGGCUUGCUAUCUGCUGAGUAUUUCCUUCGUUGCACACUGCACUAAAUUAUUGUAUAGGUUCUUGAUAUUAGCUUGUUAUGACCUCUUUCAGUAACACCUCAUCUUGGAGGUGCAAUUAGGAUUAGAAGAUAAUGCUGCAUAGGAUGAUAGUUUAAACACUUGGGGUGAAAUCAUGGCCCAUUUAAGUCAAUAAGAAUAUUGCCACUGAUAUCACUAAAGCCAGGAUUUCACCCUUGGGCUCUUUCCAUCUGUCCGUUAUAAGGAUCUUCUAGUCCUUUGCCAACAUCAGACGAGAGUAGAGAUGGGUCCAAGCCAUAAAUUUGAGAAGCAGAUUCAGAUCUGGACUUCACCCAAAAUUUAAGGGGAAGUAGGUCCAAGGUUUUGGUUCAGGCCUAUCUCUAGAAGAGAGAUGACAGAAUUGAGAAAAGUCUCCGCAUAUCUGGCACUUCUCUGGAGGAACUCUGGGUGAUCCUGGAUAAAGUCUCACUGCCUUUGUUAAAAAGGGAAAAAAAGUACCACAAACCAGACACUGAGCUGAGUACACUUUUUGUUGAUCAGACAAUUGGACGGUAACUGAUUUUUGUAUUGUGACAUUUACUUCAUGCAGCUAUCCCUGAAGUCUGAUGAGUUAUUUAAUAAUUAGUGGCCAAAAGCCGGUGCUGUUGCACGGUUAUGGCAAGUGGGCCAACUAAUCCAUCAGCUGUGCAGUCUCCCUAUACAACCAAUCAAAUUGUUGGAUGCAACUUAGCUGUAGUGUAAGGGCAGUGAUUGGUUAAGUUACCUCUGAUCUCACAAUGGACUAGGACUCUUGGCAUGGCAUAGAUACAGUAACUCCUCACUUAACGUCAUCCUGGUUAAUGUUGUUACGUUGAUGAUCAAUUAGAGAACAUGCUUGUUUAAAGUUGCGCAAU